AUGUCGAGAUCGGAGUCUCCCGGUCUACCGGUGUACAAUGCGCAAGAGUCGACGCUGGAGCUGCCAGCCAUCCGACCGAAGGAUGGCCUCUCCUCGUCCCUGACCUCGACAUACGCAUUGCUCAGCCCCGAGCAGACCGAGUCUCGCGCGAGGACUUCUUUGAGAACAGGCCUGUCAGUGUCGGAGGCACAGCAAAGACUGCUUGACGAUGGACCUAAUGAACUGCCACAUGAGGAGGAAGAGCCGCUCUGGCUGCGCUUCCUCAAGCAGUUCAAGGAGACAUUAAUCCUUCUUCUACUCUGCUCGGCGGUCGUCUCGCUUUUUCUGGGAAACAAAGACGACGCGAUUAGCAUCACGUUAGCGGUUACGAUAGUGGUCACAGUUGGGUUUACGGCCUUGGGGGGUUCUUCGACAAUACUCGCAACGCAACUCGUGGUGGGAGACCUGGUCCUCUUCUCGACUGGCGACCGCAUACCAGCCGACAUACGUAUCACGAGAGCGACCGAACUCACAAUCGACGAGUCGAACCUGACAGGCGAGAACGAGCCGGUCGAGAAGAACAUACAUGCUUUACAGGCGCCUACGAAACCAUUGACGCGACCCUCCUCGCCUGCAUUUGUGUCUGACGCGGCAGGUACUGUUGGCGUUGAUGUCCGGCUGAAUGAACAACACAAUAUCGCCUUCAUGGGUACAUUAGUCCGAUCAGGCUACGGCGAGGGCAUAGUCAUUGCGACUGGUGCGAAGACAGAAUUUGGCGCCAUUUCAAUAUCACUACAAGAGAUUGAAGCUCCACGUACGCCACUACAGCAAGCAAUGGACCGUCUUGGCAAGCAGCUCAGUUAUAUUUCGUUCGGUGUCAUCGGCGUCAUCAUGCUCGUUGGACUGCUCCAGGGCAAGAAGCUACUCGACCUGUUCACUAUUGGUGUGUCGCUCGCGGUAGCAGCCAUACCUGAGGGUCUGCCGAUCAUCGUUACGGUGACACUCGCACUUGGGGUCCUUCGGAUGGCUAAGCGUAAUGCAAUCGUUCGGAAGUUGCCAAGUGUAGAAACACUGGGGUCGGUUAACGUUGUGUGUAGCGACAAGACUGGCACAUUGACGAUGAACCAUAUGACUGUGACGAAAAUGUGGCAUUUUGACGCUGGUCUGCCUUUCAACGUUGACACAGCCGAGCAACCGAGUUCAGCUGUGCGCACUAUACUGCGGGUUGGAAACAUAGCCAACAACGCCAAAAUGUGCACCACAAAUUCAGACACCCCCGCCGUGGCGUCUGCUGCAGCUGUGCUAUCCUCUACUAGAGAUCCACGAGGCGCAAGUACGAAGAGUCGAUGGAUAGGACAGCCGACGGAUGUGGCGGUGCUAGACUUGCUGGACACCUUCGGUGAGGACGAUGUAAGGUCUCAGCUGCCGCCCAGGUCAAGCGAGACGCCUUUCAGUUCUGAACGAAAAUGGAUGGGUGUCAUGAUACCCAACGCGUUAGGAGAAGUGACAAACUAUGGAUCCGGAACAGAGACAGCAUACAUCAAAGGCGCGCUCGAACGCGUGUUGGAUCGCUGCGACACCUACUUGACAAAGGAUGGUCGAGAAGUCAUCCUUGAUGAAGUCCGUCGCCGAGAGGUCAAUGUAGCUGCAAAUGCGAUGGCAGAAGAUGGUCUGCGUGUGAUUGCAUUUGCUAGUGGCUCAGUGCGAAAGCAACAAAUGAGCCGAAGCUCGACCCCGGCGGGCCUCCGUCCAUCGCCGGUUCCUGCGAAGCUGCACGAGGAACAUUUCCACGGACUGUGCUUUGCUGGUAUUGUCGGAAUGAGUGACCCGCCCCGCAAGGAUGUUCACCGGUCUAUCCGCCGUCUGAUGAUGGGUGGAGUGAAGGUCAUCAUGAUCACAGGAGAUGCAGAAACGACAGCAGUCGCCAUUGCGCGAAAGCUCGGCAUGGGUGUCCAAGCAGGCCCGUCCGAAGCCCGUUCUGUACUGCGCGGUGACGAGCUCGACAAAAUGAGCGAGCAAGAACUCAGCAGUGCUAUUGCUUCCACAACCAUAUUCGCCCGGACAAGUCCAGAGCACAAAAUGAAAAUCAUCCGCGCUUUGCAGUCACGUGGAGACGUGGUCGCCAUGACAGGAGAUGGUGUCAACGAUGCCCCUGCUCUGAAGAAGGCGGACAUCGGUAUCGCAAUGGGCAUGCUAGGCACAGACGUUGCAAAGGAAGCUGCCGACAUGAUUUUGACUGACGACGAUUUCUCCACUAUCCUGCGCGCCAUCGAGCAGGGCAAGGGCAUCUUCUACAACAUCCAGAACUUCAUCACCUUCCAGCUCAGCACCAGCGUCGCCGCUCUCAGUUUGGUUCUUCUGAGCUCUCUCUUUGGAUUCCGCAACCCACUCAAUGCGAUGCAGAUCUUGUGGAUCAAUAUCCUCAUGGACGGACCACCAGCUCAAUCGCUCGGCGUGGAACCUGUCGACCCACGUGUCAUGACUCAGCCGCCUCGACCACGCAACGCAAACGUACUGACCACACGACUUUUACGACGGGUGAUGACGCAGGCGGCGGUCGUCAUGCUAGGCACCUUCUUUAUGUACAUUCACGAAAUGUCCGAAGAUGCCGAAGCAGAUGCGGCUACUAAGAAACACACAAAACUUGUCACUGCUCGCGACACGACCAUGACGUUCACCACCUUCGUGCUCUUCGACAUGUUCAACGCCCUGACCUGCCGAUCGGAGUCGAAAUCCGUCUUGCUCGGCGAACUCAAGUUGUUCAGCAACAAAAUGUUUAACUACGCUGUCGCUGGGAGUUUACUGGGGCAGCUGUGUGUGAUUUACCUCCCGUUCUUGCAGCGCGUCUUCCAGACGGAGGCAUUAGCAGUGUGGGACUUGAUCCACUUGGUGGCGCUAGCAAGUGCUGUUUUCUGGGUGGACGAAGCAAGAAAGAUCUGGGUGAAGAAAGCAGGAAGGUGGAGGGGAAGCUGGGGUCGAGUUGGCAUUGGCGGCUACUCGAGGAGUGUGUAG